CAAUUUACAUUAUUACAUACUAUGAGUAAAAAAAAACUGUGAUAUAUAUUGAAGUUGAUGUAUGGAACUAUGGCUUCAAACAUCUCUCUGUCUUUCCCUUCUCUUUCUCCUUUCUUUCUCCUCUCACCUUUUCCUCUAGAAAUUAUCACAUAAGAGAACAAAAGCUCCCCCUUAAACUGAUAAGGUAUAUAUAUAUAUGUAAGCCACACUCUUCAGAGCAAUUUGUCCAUCUUCAAUUUAUGAGCAGAUGAUGUUGUGUGCAUUAGACUUUUAGUCUUUGUCAUUGUUGCUUCCACAACAACUGGGUCUAGCCUUUCAAAAUAUUCACAUAAGAGAACAAAAAAGCUCUCCCUUGAAUUCAUAUGCUAUAUAAGCCAGCCUUUGGAACAACAUGUCCAUCCUCUUCAUUUUAGCAGAAGAUGCUGUCUAUUAGACCUUAGUCUUUUUCAUUUUUGUUUGCACAGCAGCACAAUCUAAUAGCAUAAGAGCAUCAACAACCUUCGCUCUCAUCCAACAUGUUGAUCACCAGAAUAUCAUUCAGUUAUUGAAGAUCGGUGGCAGGCACAGGCUAGCAAUGAUAUGGCUUUCUUCCCAGCAAAUUUCAUGCUACAAACACCUCACCAAGAUGACCAUCAACCUCCUCCUUCGCUCAACUCAAUUAUAACUUCAUGUGCACCUCAAGAGUACCAUGGAGGAGCACACUUUCUAGGCAAGAGAUCUAUGUCAUUUUCAGGGCUUGAACUUGGAGAAGAAGCUAAUGUUGAGGAGGAGUUGUCUGAUGAUGGAUCACAGGCAGGGGAGAAGAAAAGGAGGCUUAACAUAGAACAAGUGAAGACACUUGAGAAGAGCUUUGAGUUGGGAAACAAGCUUGAACCUGAGAGGAAAAUGCAGUUGGCAAGGGCUCUUGGGUUGCAACCUAGACAGAUUGCUAUAUGGUUCCAAAACAGAAGGGCUAGGUGGAAGACUAAGCAGUUAGAGAAGGACUAUGAUCUUCUCAAAAGACAAUAUGAAGCUAUCAAGGCAGAUAAUGAUGCACUUCAAGCUCAGAACCAAAAACUUCAGACUGAGAUAUUGGCACUGAAAAGUAGAGAACCAACUGAAUCCAUCAACCUCAACAAAGAAACUGAGGGCUCAAGCAGCAACAGAAGUGAGAACAGUUCAGAUAUCAAGUUGGAUAUCUCAAGGACCCCAGCUAUUGACAGUCCUCUAUCCACUCAGCAAAACAGCAGAACCCUCUUUCCACCUUCUGCAAGACCAACAGGAGUGGCUCAGCUUUUUCAAACUACUUCAAGGCCUGAACUUCAGUGCCAAAAGAUUGAUCACAUGGUGAAAGAAGAGAGCUUCAGCAACAUGUUUUGUGCCAUUGAUGAUCAAUCUGGCCUUUGGCCUUGGUUGGAACAGCAACACUUCAAUUGAUCAAGCAAAGGGAGUGAUAAGAGAGAGUUUCAGAUUGCAAUGUAGUUUUCCGGAUGAAAGUGAAAUCAAUCAUCAAGAGGGUGUCUCUGUCAACUGAUUACAUACUUAAUGAGUUAUUAAAUUAAAACCCAUGUUUUGGUAAACUUGAUGUAUAAAAUAGGAUAUAUCAAGUAGAAUUUUUCUGGUGGGGCUUGAAAAUUUUUAUAUAAAAGAAUAAAGGGUUAGUCACCUUUUUCUUUUUCAUUUUAAUUUAUAUAACAAAUUUUCUUGAAACUUUUAAGUAAUGGAUCAUGAUAAAAUUUUCAUUAAUUAUUAGACCGUGCUUGUUGGUGUCUGAUAGAAGGGGCCACUAAAAUAAAGGGAGAUUCUCUGCUUACAAUUUUACCGUUGUUUCUUUAAGUCCUACUAUCUUUGCUUUCUUUUGAAUCAAACCUUUAUACUGCUGAGCAAAAUUUUCUUGCAAGUGCCAAGUGUGAAGCUAAAGACCACGUAAAGAUUUGUGUUGAUUUCAUGAAUGAGUGAAAAGGAUGAACAAAAUCCAGUGGAGCUUGACAAAGUACACAUUAAAAAAGAAAGGGAAUCAAACACACAUUCCAAGAAAGAAAGAGGACAAGGAGAUGGAAAGGGUGGGAAGAAAACAAGGAGAGUUGGAAAUGGUCAUUCUCGUGAAUGGGACAUUGUCGAUUUUCUUUGUUCAUGACAAGGGAAGGAGCGGGAGUGGAUCAGUGUAGUCCUUACACACAUUUCAUGUGUGAUCACUGUCACCCACUUUCAAUUCACAUCUCUGGCAUCUUGCAAAGUCCAUUUUCACCCCCCACUUUCAUGUCAUUUCUCUCUCUCACUAUGUGUGUUAUGUGUGUGUGUGUGUCCUUGUACACUUUUUCUUUUCCUUUCCAUUGAUAAUAUGCCAAUGAUGAAAGUGGUCAAAAUUGGGACUGAAAAGAAACUAAAUUGUAAUUGUCACAACCAUUACUUUGUUU